AUGAUGGAAGAAAUUGAAUUGAAUAAUGAUGAAUUAAGGAAUAAAACAUGUAAUUUAGAUGGUGAUCCUAAGGUAGGUUGGUUAUGUAACAAAAAUGGUUUACUUUUAAAAACAUAUGGAUGGAUAGUUAAAAAUGCUAUAGGAAUUAUAUUGUUAAUACAUGGAUACAAAGGUCAUGCUCGAUUAAAUUUUAUGAAAAUAAAUUUAAAAAUGCCAAAUAAAAAUGAAGGCUUAGUAGUAGACAAUAAUAAUUACUACAUUUAUAAAGAUAGCUGGAUUGAAAAAUUUAAUCAAAGCGGUUAUUCAGUAUAUGCAUUAGAUUUACAAGGACAUGGCGAAUCCCAAUCAUUGGGAAAUAUAAGAAGCGAUAUUAAUUGCUUUGAUGAUCUAGUUGAUGAUGUAAUACAAUAUAUGAAUAAAAUUCAAGAUGAAAUUGCAAGUGAAAAUCAAACGGAUGAUGAAUCUUAUGAUAUAGUGCCAGCUAAAAAAAAAAGGCUUCCUAUGUAUAUUAUGGGGUAUUCAAUGGGAGGAAAUAUUGCUUUAAGAAUAUUACAAUUAUUAGGGAAAGCAAAAGAAAAUAACAUCAAUUCUGGAGAUUCAAAUAACUGCAAAAAGUUUAAUACCAUAUUAGACAAUUCUACUAAUAUUAGUGAAAUUGACAAUGAUAUGAAUAAUUAUAAUGAUUAUGAUUCCGAUAAUUCCUGUGCUAGUACCUCUGCUAUGACAAAUGCUAUUACUAGCGCCAGUGAUAAACAUGAAGGAUACUAUAAUUAUUUAGAUAAAUUAAAUAUUAAAGGUUGUGUGUCUUUAUCUGGUAUGAUGAUAAUAAAAACAUUAUUGAAUGAAAAAAUCAAUUCAUUUAAGUAUGUUUAUUUGCCUAUGAUAGACUUCAUGUCUAAUCUCGCGCCUCAUGCACUAAUUCCGAUAUUCCGCUAUAAAAUAUCCAAAUAUUCUUUUAAUAUAUAUAAACACGAUAAAUUUCUAAAUACCAAUGGAAUAUCAUUUAAAUGUAUGUCUGAACUUAUAAAAGCAACGAUCACAUUGUACAGUGAUAUUAAUUAUAUUCCAAAAGAUAUUCCUUUAUUAUUUGUGCAUUCAAAAGAUGACACUGUUUGUUAUUAUAAAGGGACAGUUCUGUUUCAUGAUAAAGCAAAUGUUGAUAUAAAAAAAUUAUAUAUUGUUGGUGGUAUGAACCAUGAAAUAACGGUAGAUCCAGGAAAUGAAGAAAUUUUAAACAAAAUUAUUGAAUGGAUUAGUAAUUUAAGAAACAAUGGUGAAGACGAAAUAGAAGAUAAAUAA